AUGGUCGGAAUCAACUGCGCGAUAAUCUCCCAGAUCCCGCUCCUCCUCGGGAUCCUCACGCAACCGCAAGCAGAGCUCUGGUUCGAGCUGUCCAAUCAGGUUCUCUGCGCGAUCGGCACGCUCGGAAGUCUUUUAGUCCACCCGCUGCGGUGCUACUACGUGCUCCAGGUUUUCCGCUGGAGCCCGCAAGACGCGGCGAGUCUCCGCGCGAUGCUGUCUAAAGCCGGCCCGUUCGUGCGAAAGCCCAAAGAAUGGCAGCACAUCGCCUUCGUCAUAUUCUUACUGCAAGUCAACUGCGUCUUCCAAUACGCGAUUGCCUAUUUCAUGUGGACCACCGACAUGGUUUCCCGCCCCAUGGUGCUUCUCGGCUGCCUAGCGCUUUUCGCGCUAGGGUCCGUUAUCUUUGCCGGGCUUUACUGCCUCUGGAGCCCUCUGGGGUGGCCCACAGGAGCCAAGCCGCAACCCGCGGGGCGGCGCGUCUCUGCGUCCGGGGAAUGCGGCGAGUGGGACGAGGAGGCGGGUCGCGAGGGCGAGGGGUUGUUGUCGCGGCGGUGCGAGGUUUGCGGGGGUGGCAAGGAGAGCUCCGCGGGUUGCGGCGCGGUUGACGGGAAGAGCGGCAAACGCGGCAAGGGCAAGGACGCGGACGACCUGAACGAAUGGCGUCGCGCCACGUGGCAGCCGGUGGGAGGCGCCACGCGGCCGCAGUGGCAGGGCGGGCUCCUGGACUGCUGGUCGGACGGGUGGACGGCUGUAGCAGCUACGUUCUGCUGCUUCUGCGUGCACGGGUGGAACGCGGAGCGCGCUGGCUUCGGCAACAAGAUCGUCCACAUCGCCAUGUUUAUCCUCUUCCUCGUCGGACCCAUGGCUAUGUUCGGCCCUGCUUCCGCAAUCCUACCCCCCGGUUACAUGCAGAAUUUCGUGUUCGCGCUCGGGGUGAUUAGCACGAUUCUAGGCCUGACGUACGCGGGCUACUGGCGGUGGUACCUGCGGCGAAACUUCCACCUGCCCGCGAGCGACUGGUGCUGCGGGCACGAGGCGGCGACGGACUUUGCGUCGUGGUACCUGCUGCCGUGCUGCUCGCUGUGCCAAGAGGUGCGCACCGUGCGGCGGUAUAACCUUAGACUGGAGAUUCCCGAAGGGCCGGGCAAGGAGGGGAGCAGCGGGGAGGGCGGCGCUGUGAUGGUUAUGGGCGCGCCUGGGACGCUGUGCAUGGAGGUCACUCCGAUGACUGGCACUGGGGGACUCGGGGGGGAAGUGCUAGCCGGCUAG